CGCAUCUCAUUCCCACCAAAAAAAGACCCGACGAAUAUAAACAAACGAGGUGCCACGUCAUCGUCUUCCAAAUAGAAACCUCAAGAACGUUCGAGAAACAGCAAGCACUCCAAAGCGAGAUAGAACUUUCCAGAGAAGAACUCCGCUAUAAAAUCCAAAAGCCCCAAUCCAAUAGACAUUCAAAACAAAAUCGAUCAAAAUCUCUCCAUACUCCAUCAUAGAUCCUUCCAUUUACUAAUCAAUUUCUAAUCGAUCGAUCAUUUUCUCAUCUACCAAUGCCGAGCCGAUUCCCCGGAGCCAUAUCUCAAGAUUGGGAGCCUGUAGUGCUCCACAAGUCCAAGCCAAAGGCGCAGGACCUUCGCGAUCCAAAGGCCGUGAACCAAGCGAUUCGAUCCGGCGCGCCCGUCCUGACCGUGAAGAAGUUCGACGCCGGUUCGAACAAGAAAGCCACGGCAGCGCCGGUGAACGCGAGAAAGCUCGAGGAAGGAACCGAGCCAGCGGCGCUCGACCGGGUACCGACGGAGGUGAGGCAUGCGAUUCAGAAGGCGCGGCUGGAGAAGAAGAUGAGCCAAGCUGAACUUGCGAAGCAGAUUAACGAGCGGACUCAGGUGGUGCAGGAGUAUGAGAAUGGAAAGGCUGUGCCGAAUCAGGCCGUUUUGGCUAAGAUGGAGAAGGUCUUGGGCGUCAAGCUUCGAGGCAAAUCUGGCAAGUGAUUUCGGAAGCUGUUCCAAUGGCGGUUUCAUGUAAUUAAAAUGAACCGUUAGUUUUGUAACGGUGAUCCGUUUGGGAUAAUUAGAAGAAAAUUGGGCUGAGAUGGGAAAUGGGCUUUUUAUUUGUAAUAAUUUACAUUUAAAUUACUUCUUAUUCCCAUAGUCGAAAACUCCAAUUUCAAUCUCUCAA